CGAGCGAGCGAGUGAAGGAGAGAGGAGCGAGCCAGUGAGCGAGCAGAGCUCCGCGCCUGCUCCGUGCGAGUAACCCUGAGAGCGCGGCGUGCAUUGUGCACAUGCGCGCGGAAGGCUCGCGAGCCUGGCGCCCUGAGGAGGCGGGGCUGUGGCGGCGGCCACAGAGGGAGGGAGUCUGCGCACGCGCACGCCCUGCGCGCCCCUCCUUUUUUUUCUCCUCCAACGACGAGGCCUGGAGUUCGUUUGCUUCCUUCCUUGCCCGCGCGCGCGAGACCGCUGCAAGAGCGGGCUUCCCUUCCAACUCUCGCCCUCCCUCAGCGGCCGCGGCUCUUUCGCUUAAAGCAGGGCAGGGAACCGGAUCAGGAGGAAGAGACCGAGCCUUUUCUUUCUUUCUUUCUGCCCCUUGGCCUUCCCUUUCUCUCCGGCCGCUCGCUAUAUUCGUGCAGAGACCGCCUCAAGAAGCGGCGCGAGACGAGUGCGCGGGCAGGCCUCCUCUAGGCACCCCCUCCCUUCCUUCCUUCCUCCCUCCCUCCUGGCCGCGAGCGAGUGCGCGCGCGCGCUUACCUGUGGGUGCCCACGCGCCGUGGGGAGGGAGGGGGAAAGAGGAGAAAGGGAGGAAGCGUCGCAACGGCACCUUUUUUUCUGGUGGGGAUUUUAAAAAGGGGGGGAGGGGGGGAAAGAAGAACAUAAGGGGAAAUGGCGCGCGUCUGACCGUUACGCGAGCCUGGGAGGAGGCGGGGGGUGCGCGCGCAUACAUGCACGCACGCAUGCGCGCACGCGGCAGGGGGAAGGUGAGGCGCGCCCGGAGGCGGGAACGUGCAUGCGCGGUGCGAGCAGGGCGCGCCUCCCCCCAGCCGGGAGGGGGGGAAAAACAAGGAGGGCGGGCGCGGCUUGCGGAGUCCGUCGGCAUGGAAACGAGGGGCGGGGCGUGGCGCGGGAGGGAGCCUGUCGGCUCUGCCCUCCUGUGGGGCGCCUGGGCUCGCGCUCGGAGCUGUUGGGCCUGUCUUUCGCGCGCCCUGGGUUCCGGCGGGGCCGCGCGGGCAAAGGAAGCGGGCCUCUCCUUGAGCGGCUGCUCCUCCUGUAAAGCAAAGCGCACGGCCGCACGCACGUCCUUCUGAGAGGCAGCCAGGGCAUGGCCCAACGGGGAGGCGGAAGCCCCGUUCCACCCGUCGACACCCUGCUUUCCCAGAAGGGGUGAAGGCGCCUCUUGGGUUUGGCGGAAGACUGGGCCCAGACAGACUGUCCCGCUCUCCCUCAAGCCAUUCAAAAUACAACAGCUAAGGACAGAAAUAUACUGAAGCAGAGCCAACAAUAUACCAAUUGAAAACUAUUUGCUGCUUAUCCAUUGCCGCUUACCAGAAGAAGGACAACCGAAACUGGAGUAAACCCGGGAGCCAGUAGUAAAUGGACUAUUGCAAUCUACAGCCAGCUACUUAGAAACAGCAUUGUGUUCUCCUAGCUGGGGCUCUUGUUGACAACUACUCAGAAUCAACAUUCAUGCAUAGUUUGUUCCCCAGACUUGGGAGCUUACUCUUGAGAAACUGAACUGACUUCCAAUAGACUGUAAUUUCAAAAGAUAUGCUAUACAUUUGAUGUCAGCAACACAGGAUCUCAAAGAAUCAAAACGACUUUUGGUCAAGCUUUUCAAUACCUGUGAAAUUAUUUUGCAAAGGUUGAAUGUGUUUAUAUUAUUAUUUUUGUUGCCAAAUUCAAUUGAAGUUUAAAUAGGGGAGACUGGAAGUCUGGAAGAUACCACUGUGGAUUAUAACAGUUGACUGUAUAUAUCAUUUUCAUUAUUGUUGUUAACUCUCAGAUAAUACUGUAUGUAUAUGGUGCUCUGAAUUACAUAGUGCAACUCAUGUUUUGAAACUUUAUAGCAUUCGCUUAUCCUUUUUACAUAGAAGGAAUAUAGCUCUAUACUCAGAGGCCUGACUAUUUCUGUGGCCUUUGCAGGAUGCUCUAAUAUACAUAUCUCUUUUUAUGUUUUGAAUCUUUUCAUGUUUUGAACCUUUAUAGUGGUUGUUUAUCUCUUCGAUAUUGUCUAGUAUAGACAUUUGUGUGUAUUUAUCAUUAGCAUGAAAUAAGCCAAUCACAAUUAUUAGUCUUGUAUGGAACACAAAGAGAAAGAAAUUCUGGAAGAUAAAUUUGAAUCUAUGUCUGACCCGUAAUCAGUAUGCCUUGCAUGUAGUUACAAGUAGAAUUAGGAACUUCUUCCAUCUUUUUGAUACCCACCUACCAAACAGUUUCAUUUAUGUAGCAUAAUCUCGCUAUUUUACAAACUUUAUUUCUAGGAAACCUAACUUAAUCUGUAAUAAUCAAAGAAAUUAAACUACUUAGUCUGUUU